AUGAAUUCUUCACUCUUUCUGGUUGCGCUUUGCUUGGGAGGAGCCUCAGCUACUCUAAAAUUUAAGAAUAUGAAAAUGAUUGAAUUGCACAAUCGGGAAUACAGCCAAGGGAAACAUGGCUUUUCUAUGGCCAUGAAUGCCUUUGGUGACAUGACCAAUGAAGAAUUUAGGCAGAUGAUGAAUGGCUUUCAAAAUCAGAAACACAAGAAGGGAAAGUUGUUCCGUGAGCCUGUCUUUCUUGAGGUCCCAAAAUCAGUGGACUGGACUCAGAAAGGCUAUGUAACGCCUGUGAAGAAUCAGGGUCAGUGUGGUUCAUGUUGGGCUUUUAGUGCAACUGGUGCUCUUGAAGGACAAAUGUUCCGGAAAACUGGCAAACUUAUUUCACUCAGUGAACAGAACCUGGUGGACUGCUCUCGGCCUGAAGGCAAUAAUGGUUGUAAUGGUGGCCUAAUGGAUUAUGCAUUUCAAUACAUUAAGAAAAAUCAAGGCAUUGAUUCAGAGGAAUCGUAUCCAUAUCUUGAAGUGGACACACAUGCCUGUAACUACAAACCUGAAUAUUCUGCUGCCAAUGACACAGGCUUCAUAGAUAUUCCUCAAAGAGAGAAAGCACUGAUGAAGGCAGUGGCAAGUGUAGGUCCCAUCUCUGUUGCAAUUGAUGCAGGCCAUGAGUCCUUCCAGUUUUAUGAAUCAGGCAUUUAUUAUGAGCCAGACUGCAGCAGCAAAAACCUGGACCAUGGUGUUCUCGUGGUUGGCUAUGGCUUUGAAGAAAAAGAUUCAGAAAAAAGGAAAUAUUGGAUUGUCAAGAACAGCUGGGGUGUAAGUUGGGGCACAAAUGGCUAUGUAAAGAUGGCCAAAGACCAAAAUAACCACUGUGGAAUCGCCACAGCAGCCAGCUACCCUACAGUGUGA